UGCCCGUUUGAGCAGACGAAGUCACGGGUUUUGGAAGUGUUGGAUUGAGUUCUGAGAUCAUCUAAGAAACAUAAUAUUAGCCUUUUUUACAUUUCAUAAUACCUUGAAAUAAUGGCAUUGCAUUCAGCAGCAAAAGGGAAACUGUUAGCCGUGAUUGGCGACGAGGAUACCUGUGUUGGUUUUCUGCUUGGAGGUGUUGGAGAAAUCAACAAGAAUAGACAUCCAAAUUUCAUGGUCGUUGAUAAAAACACAAGCGUCAGUGAGAUAGAAGAAACCUUCAAGCGAUUCAUUAAGCGAGAUGAUGUUGACAUAAUUUUGAUCAACCAAAAUGUUGCAGAACUGAUUCGUCACUGUAUCGAUGCACAUCUGCAGCCUGUCCCAGCAGUACUAGAGAUCCCCUCCAAAGAUCAUCCUUAUGAUGCCAGCAAGGACUCAAUCUUACGCAGAGCUAAGAAUAUCAACAUGGAUGAUAUGGAAUGAAGGAACCAAAUCAUCUUCUAUCUCUCUCUCUCUCUCUAGUACAUGGAAUGUUCAAUCCUGAAGAUAUGCACUAAAAGUGCACUACCCAGCUAUUGGUUGUGGGAAUCAGUUCACUGCUUGGAGAAAAGUUGAUUGUAUCAUUGGUAUUGUGCUUAGUUACAUUGAUGAAAUUUGAGGUUUUAGAAAAAUGUUUGAGAAGAGAUAAUUAAAACCAGUCAAUAGUUAUAAAAGUGUUAUACUGUACAUAAUAUAUACAUAAUUUGUUACCAAAUUUAUGAAAGCAUGUAUGAUUAUUUGACUUAUUGAUCAUUAUCAUUGGUUUGUAUGUUUUAGUACAGUAUUAUUGUAACCUGUUACUUUUUAUUCAGUAUUGACAUAAUAUCAUUCUUUAACUAGUUUUUAGUAAAAUUUAAUGUUUAAACUGAGCAAUAUUUUUAUUAUUUAUAAAUUUUUGUAGCUGUAAAUAUAUACUUUUGUUUAUUUUGUUUUUAUUUGGAAAUCUAUGUAUUAAAUAAAAGAAAACUAGAGAGUUAUUUGUUAUAUUUUAAAUAUGAGUGCAUUGUUUGAUACAAACUAAUGUUUUGAUACAUAAUUUUACUGCUUUUAAAAAUGGUUUGUUAACAUAUCUGUUAUAUAUUUUUUGUGUAGAAGUCAUUACAUUUGUAUUUACUUGAUCAUUCCAAUUUGGUAUUAAGUUGUACAAAUUAAAAUUAAAUUCUCAUAAUAAAAAAACUA